AUGACCAAAGGCUGCUAUACAUGCCGUCGCCGUCGAAUCAUCUGCGAUAAUGGCCUACCAACCUGUCGAAAGUGCCGUGAUGCGGGGAAGGAAUGUUUGGGUUACCAAAAACCAUUGGUAUGGGUCAAGGGUGGUGUUGCCAGCCGGGGCAAAAUGAUGGGUCGGAGCUUCGAGGAUGUGAAGACGCCAGUCGGUGCUUCUGAGCGUCAUAAAUCGCCCGCGACAAAUGAAUCAAGACCGCCAACUGCUACCUUGACAUUGUUUCCCAUGCUUGAACCAUCCGACACAGAAUCAUCCCCGAAUUCGGUGGCUCAGCCCAGCCCAGAGACAGAUUGGUUCCAACAAGUCUUAGAUGCAGGGAACUUCGAUGCGGUAUUUGGACUUGAUGAAGGAGGCCUCUUGGAAUCAAAUCCGCCAGAACCUGAAACUGCGCUGGUCCAUACUCCGCAUAACAUCUUCAGCGACUAUAUUCCUGCACCAUGGGGAAUGGUUGAUCCUUUGCUAAAGGAUUUCAGUCCAACAUCAAGAAUGUACCUUAAACACUAUCAUGAAUACAUGACAAAUGACUUUUUGGUCUAUCCGCAGCUCAAGAACCCCUGGCGGGAUAUGCUGGCAUUAGUAGGGCACUCACCCCUUAUUGCAAAUGUAUUAUCUGCAAUGGGAGCUCUACACUACUCGCUUAUCUCCAAUUCCGACUCAUCUAUGAUGCCUUGGUCAUCCCAUAACCCCUUGGCCACCAACUCUCUGUUAUCGUCGGAGGACAUCGAGAACAUGAUUAUACCAACAAGCUCUCGACAAACAACUUCAAAAGCAUACCACCAUUUCCUGGAAUUUAAGCAGGUGACACUCAAACAAUUGUCACAGGAUCUUGUAAAUCCGGCCAAACAAAACGAUGAGAUAACCCUGGCUGCCAUUGUUAUUCUCGCUCUUCUGGAUCUAUUCGAGUCCGGCAGCGGGGCGUGGAGCUAUCACAUUGAAGGUGCAAAGAAAAUCAUGAGGAGUCGUCAAAAUCAGCUUGGUCAGGGUAUUCUCCAGGGACUCGAAGCAGUCGCCAUUGAUGGGUGCUUGAUCAUGGAGAUCAUGGGAUCGACGCUGGCGCGACCCGGCGCUCUUUCCAAACCAUUCUACGCUCAGAACAUGGGACCAGGCAUGCUCAAGCGUCUCGAGGAAACGUCCUGGGUGGGCUGCCCCGCCUACCUCCUCGAAGUCAUUUUCUUCGUCCACACUCUCUGGUACCAAGACUCGGAGCUAGCACCUGCAGCCCCUCCGACAACCCUGGGGAUCUCUACGCAGCCAGGCCAGCCCCUAUCUAGUGAAUCCUUCGCACAUCUACUCCAUGGAAUCCGCACCUUUGACCCCGUUUCUUGGGCCCAAGAAAUGCAAACCUACUUCUUUCUCGAUGACCUCUCCCCUCGCAUCGCCCUCGCAAGCGCCUAUCAAGCCGCCGUCUACCUCUACACCAGUCGUGUCCUCUCUAAGACCAGAGAAGGAUACACAGCUCCCUGGAUCGAAACUAAUCUCCCCUCUGACCACCCCCAAGCCGCACACGACCUCAUCACUCGCAUUUGCUCCGUCCCCACCUCCGAUCCCCACUUCAAAUGCCUUAUAUGGCCCACCUUUAUCGCAGGCGCAGAAUGCCGUCGCCUAUCGCAGCGCUCGCUGGUUUUGGAGAAGCUCGGCUCUCUUUACCAGGCUGUCACGAGUGUCAAUGUCCGCAAUGCGGCGUGGGUGCUUAGGCUUAUGUGGCAGAAACAGGAUCUCAAGCGCCGGGAGCGGGAGAACGUUCCUGUUGGGCUUGUUGAUGGGCUUCUUCCGAAAGACGCUUUCUUUGAAGAAAAUGAACACGAGACCUUUGAUUCUUCGUUCGAUUGGGUGGAUGAGCUGGAUGCAUCUCGUCUUGACUGGUUGUUUAUUUAA